AUGUCUUGGUUAACAAAAGCCAUAGCCUGGAUUAUAUGUUUGCUUUUAAUAAUUACAAAUUUGAUACUUUGCAUUCAAUUGUGGUCGUUAUAUGAACAUCCUUCAUUCGAAGAAGAUGAAAAUAAUAGUGAUGAGAUAGAAGACAUUGAAUACGAAAUCAUGUGGAACUUUUUAGAUGAAUUUCGAGCUAACAAUUCGAUCAUACUAUGUUUAGCAAUUUUGACAAUUUUAAUAACUAUCACAUUGGUAACUUUAACUUUGAUUUUAAGGAAACAAUUGAGUCAACUGAAAUUAUUAUUUGACGAAGCAGUAGUGUGCAUAAAACAACUGUCAGGAAUUAGUGUAGCCCCAACUAUUGCACAAAUCAAUAUGAUUCUACUUAUUUUAUUAUCGGGCUAUACCUUGUUAUGCCUUACAACUGCCAAAUAUCCUAUGUUUGUAUCAACAUGGGAGCCGUUUAAAAUAUUCGAAUUAAAUGAAUGGCAGCAUCUUAGAUUACCUUAUCAAAUUGAGUAUGUUGAUUCGAAGACAAUCCGGAGUACAUUCUGGAUUUACAUUAUUGGACUAUUAUGGACAAUUGAAUUUAUAUUUGCUUUUGAGGAAUUUUGCAUUGGUGCUGCUGUUGUAUUUUGGUAUUUUAAGCCUUCCAUUUAUCAACCAUCUCAACACGCUGUUAAAAUUUUGGUCAAAUACCAUUUGGGAACUAUUGCUAAAGGAUCAGCAUUCAUCACUUUGUUAAAAGUACCAAGAUUCCUUCUCGUUUGCAUUUCUAAAAGGUUAGUGUAA